AUGGCGCCUCCCGCGGUCAAGCGCAGAAAGCUCAGCCACGAUUCCGACGAGGAGAGCAGCGACGGCGCUAUCGACCCCCGCCUUGCCGACAUCGACGACGCCUCGAGCGACGAUGACGAUUACAGCGACGCGUCUGGCGUCGACGUAGGGAUGGACAGUGUGUCGCACGACGACGACGACGACGACGAGGAAGAGGAGGGCCCGGCGGGCAAGAGCCACCCGUUGGUCUCAAAUAGGCAGCCUCAAAAACCUCACAAGGAGCCACGGAAAGGACCGCAUCGGGAUCGCGACAUGGCCGAAUUGACCGGUGCGUACACUGGCGAGGUUUACAAGUCGAACAUGUUCAAGCUGCAAGUGGACGAACUGCUUGAGCAGAUCAGGCCUAAGCAUGGCAAGAAGGAAGCGGCUGUGGAGAAGGCCCUCCACGAGCUCAAGGCCAUUAUCGAGAAGAUUCCUGCUCGCGAGCCCGCAUCUGUCCUGGAUGCUGAGCGUUCUCUGAUCAAGCAAAGCAAAGUUGCGGUUCCCUUUCCCCAUCCACGGCCACCGAAAGAUGCAAAGUAUACUUUGCAGUAUGCUAAGCCCACCGUGAUCAACCCUAUCGGAAGCUACCCGUUGAAGCUGAGCGCGAGAACCGGCGAAGCGCAAACCGUUGAUUUGGUUCUCGUCAUGCCUCCCCCUCUAUUUCAGGAGAAAGAUUAUCUGAACAACCGCUAUUUCUACAAGCGAGCUUACUACCUCGCAUGUGUUGCCGCCGGCAUCAAUGCUACCAAGAGUCACGGCUUCAAGCUAAGAUUCGAUUACUUGAACGGGAACGAGCUUCACCCAAUCAUUGUGGCCCAGGUCAACGGUCAGGAGAGCGGACUGUCCAGUCCGAACUACCAAAUUCACAUCAUCCCCGUGGGGCCAGACGGCGUCUUUCCAGAAGACAAAACCUUGCCGGAGAAGAACUGCAUCAGGCCAAAGCACACGACCGAAGCUCAAGUGCCGACAAACUUGAAGCCUACCCCGUUUUACAAUGCUUCCAUCCGCGCCGACAGCCAAGCAACUUCGUAUUUGAAGCUGUUGCACGGCGCAUUAAGCCGCACCGAUGCGUUCAAGGAUGCCUGUCUGCUGGGACGGACUUGGCUACGGCAGCGUGGCUUUGGCGGGCAGAUUCGGUGUGGUGGUUUUGGAAAUUUCGAGUGGGCUGCUAUCAUGGCACUCCUGCUGCAAGGAGGUGGUCCAGCAGGGAAGCCGCUCUUUGCCGCGGGUUACAGUAGCUACCAGCUUUUCAAGGGCAUGCUACAGUAUCUGGCCACUAGGGACCUCGCAGACCAGCCACAUUCUUAUCAGGCACCUGGUGUGCAGAUUCCUCGGGAAGAUGGCAUCCCUUAUUUCUUCGACGGUCCGCGUUGCCUGAACCUCUUGUACAAAAUGACCCCUUGGGCGUAUCAGCUUCUGCGGCGAGAGGCUCGCACCACCGUUGCAGCCUUGGGAGACAACGCAUUCGACCAAUUCGACUCCACCUUUGUGCUCAAAGCCGACCAACCCCUGCACAGGUUCGAUGUCCUGGCCGAGAUCCCUCUGUCCGCUUUUGGCAUUGACCUCCAGGACGACGAUCACACGCAAAAGAUCACCAAAAGCUACCAAAAGCUCUACCGGGUUCUCAGACGUGGACUGGGUGACCGCGCGCUAAUUGUUUCCUUGAUUCUACCAGAACAUCAGCCAUGGCAUCUCGGGACGGCCAAGACUACUGUACAACGAGAUGCUCUGAUUUCAGUCGGGUUCAUUGUCGAUCCAGCCAACGCGGUGCGAGCUGUCGACCACGGACCUGCGGCAGAGAGCAAGAAGGAAGCUGCCGCCUUCCGGCAAUUCUGGGGUGAGAAGGCAGAGCUCCGCCGCUUCAAGGACGGGAGUAUUCUGGAGAGUCUUGUUUGGUCGACUAAAGACUCCGACGCCUCGAUAUUUGAGCAGAUUGUGCGCUACGUAUUGACCAGGCAUCUGGGCAAGCAUGUAGCAGACAGUGCUACCUUCUUCGGAGAGCAAUUCACUCGCCUGCUUUCGGGCAGUGGUCAGCCCGGGACUGACCUCUUCCUCCCUUUCCGCAAAGCAUUUGACAUUCUCGAACGCGACAUCCGUGCACUCGAUGGAAUGCCCCUUUCAGCUCGCCAUAUAUUCGCUGCCGAUCCGCAGCUUCGUUACACGUCCGUCGAUGUUCCUUUGGCGCUCCGUCACCAGUGUUCGGAGGCCCCCGCAAAUGUCGUCGUUGAAUUCGAAGGUUCUGCGCGAUGGCCCGAUGAUAUCAAGGCCAUUCAAAUGACUAAAGUCGCCUUCUUGCUCAAGAUGGGCGAGCUUUUGCAAGAAAGCGUCGAGGGAGUGACCACUCGGGUUGGUCUGGAGCAUGAAGGUUUAGAUAUUAUGAACCAGGCGUUCCUGGACGUCUUCUAUCCUUCUAGCGCCGUAUUUCGCCUACGGGUCCACCACGACCGCGAGCCGACAUUGCUCGAACGCCGUCUGAAGGACAAAAGUCUCGAUGCAGCAACGAGGGAAACUACGGCGCUUGCCCUGGCAACCUACAAACGCGAAUCUGGCCGGAUACCAGCCCACACCCAAGCUCUUCAGGCGCUCUGCACCCGUCUCCCCGCCCUGUCUCCUUCAAUUCGACUCUUGAAGAAAUGGUUUGCUGCGCAUCUGCUGUCUUCUCAUUUCGCACCGGAGCUCAUUGAGCUGAUGGUGGUCCGGACUUUCCUGAACUCGUACCCUUGGGAGCCCCCAACCAGUGCAAUGACGGGAUUCCUCCGAACUCUCGCCUUCUUGGCCCGCUGGGAUUGGCGCAAUGAACCGCUUAUCGUCGACUUCGGCGGCAAUAUGAAGCCUGAAGAGGCAUCUGCCAUAAUGAUACGCUAUGAAGCCUGGCGCAAGAUUGACCCGGCGCUGAACCGCGUGGUCAUGUUCGCUGCCACCAACAUCGACGCCGAGGGCACUACCUGGACCGAUCAUGCGCGGCCCGCCAAGGUUGUUGCCGCUCGUAUGAGUGCGCUCGCCAAGGCGGCGACCCAGGCUGUUCGCGACAAAGGCAUGGCCAUCGAGCCCGCAGCUUUGUUUGUGUCCCCGCUUGCUGACUACGACUUCAUCCUGCGCAUCAACCCGGCUUCAACGAAAUCCAACCAAGGCAAAAAGGACAAGUUUUCGAAGCAACGGUUCAAGAACCUCGUUCUCCAGGCAGAUGCGCCGGAACAGGCAAACUCCAAGGUGGCCGGGUUCAACCCAGUCAAACUAUUCCUUUCAGAGCUACGCGAGACGUUUGGUCAUGCCGUCGUCCUUUUCUCCGACGAGGACAAGGCCGAUGUCAUUGCUGGGCUCUGGAACCCAGCCAACAUAGCGAAACGGAAGUGGAAGGUCAGGAUGGGGUAUUCGACGGUGCCUGUUUCGGAGCAACACGCUGAAGGCGAGGUGGAUGCGGAGGCCAACAAAGAGUCGAUGUUAGCGGAGAUGGCGAGGUUGGGCGGAGGGUUGGUGAGCAAAGUGGAGGUUCACUGGCGGUGA